AUGGCGCUUCUCCUCCGGUCCCAACCUCAACGGGAGUCAGACUUUUUUGUGGGCGCUCUGGUGGGGAACUUGCACGACAUCUUCGGGUUGGCCAACAACGGAGUCAAUUCGAACCUAGCGGCUUCCACUACGGCCGCGCACUACUACUAUCGGCUGACCCCAUUCCCCGAGCAGUUCCUAACGUCAAAUCUGCAGCGGUUCGAAUGGAAGGAUAUACACAUUCCUCACUGGCCAUCACUCGCGGCGUACAAUCUAGAGCGCGACCACCUCCUGCAUUCCUCUCUACCUAGGACGGCACAUGGAGAUCGCUUCCAAUUGAGCGUCUCUAAGUGGUCCCAUCAUGUCCUUAAACUGAAAGGUUACUCUAUCGCGGAGAACUGUACCAGUGGGCCCGACGUGUGCACGGUCGACAUCUCGGGGGCACCGGAGUCCUUUGGAAUCAUCAGAAUCGACGUGAGGCGCUGCGAAUGCACCUUCGGGGCCAAGGAAGGCUUUCUUAGCGCGAACGUCGUUCUAGACAGCCCUGGCAGAACAACGACCCGGUCUCCUCGCGAACGCCACGAGAUGGACCACUUCACCCACAUCCAGUCGUGGACCAUCCGAAACGGCACAGCGUCGAAAGAGUUCCCUUUGGAUGGGAGACACUGGCACGUCACGGUGCGGCUAACCUUCAGGCGCCGAACAGGAGGAUCCGGAACGUACAUCCUCGGGGUCGAGAUCUGGCAUGGCUCAACCGAGUCUGGAGACCGCGGUCGCUCGUCGGAUGAUACUAGGGCGCGUUCCCCGGGACGCGCACGGGACAUCUCGAAGACGAAACACGACGAGCCCCUGCGUUCGGACUUCCUCUCCAUUCCCUUCUUGGGGGCACAAAGACCAUCGACAUCCCGCGCCCGCACCGCCGGGCUGGACUCGGGUCAGUACCUAGCGCAGGCGGAAAGGCCGGAGCUCGGCAGCCGUUCGAGCACUGGCAGCAUGACGAGCUUGGUCGGGUUCAAUCUCUCCACCAUGGCCGAUGCAAUAUCCUCCGCCGUUGAGCGCGCUGUGCACACAGGACUCUUUCGAGGGGGCGUAGGACCGAAUCCGGCACCUAGCGGGACGCACGACGCAACUCCGCCGCAGACGCUCCGCCUGGAGACCCAGCCAGAGCUCAAAUAUCCAAUCGCCCCGCCCAUUUCCAACGCUAUGCCAACAAUCUCAAUCGCAGCACACGCAGACACGCCGGUCAAUUAUGGCUGCAAUUCCCCAGUGGUCCACACCGAGCAUCCGCCGCUGACCGGCGAUACCGACGACUUGGCCGAAAUGCCAAUGCUCCUGGCACGCUUCCCGUCUGCGUCAAGUGAGCAGCAUCCCCCGCCCAACGCCUGGCCAGCCGAGGCACCCACCGCACAUCCCACGCCGGCCGUACCUCCGCUGCAGUUGCCUGUCAAAGACCUGCACCACCACGACAACCCAGGUCGUGUUCCAAGCGAGCAUCCAAAUAGCCUCUGGUGCUAUGAGCCUGAACUCCGGGUGAACGUGGGUAGAGCUAAGAAGUGA